AUGUCUGCUCAAGCUAAGAUUCUGUCUCAAGCUCCUACCGAAUUGGAAUUGCAAGUUGCCCAAGCUUUCGUGGACUUGGAAGCCGCUUCUCCAGAUGCCAAGGCUGACUUGAGACCUUUGCAGUUCAAGUCUAUCAGAGAGAUCGAAGUCGGUGGCGGUAAGAAGGCCAUUGCCAUCUUUGUCCCAGUUCCAUCUUUGGCCGGCUACCACAAAGUCCAGACCAAAUUGACCCGUGAGUUGGAGAAGAAGUUCCCAGACCGUCACGUCGUCUUUUUGGCCGAGAGAAGAAUCUUGCCAAAGCCUUCCAGAAGAUCCAGACAACAACAGAAGAGACCUAGAUCCAGAACUUUGACUUCUGUCCACGACAAAAUCUUGGAAGACUUGGUCUUCCCUACCGAGAUUGUCGGCAAGAGAGUCAGAUACAUGGUUGGCGGCAACAAGGUCCAAAAGGUCUUGUUGGACUCCAAGGACGUCCAGCAAGUUGACUACAAGUUGGAGUCUUUCCAGGCUGUGUACAACAAGUUGACCGGUAAGCAGAUCGUUUUCGAGAUCCCAGGCGAAUCCCACUAA